CAUCCCAACUUAUUUAUAAAAAGGAAGAAAAAUAUUAAAGAGAAUAUGAGAAAUCACCCUUUUAUGGUAAACCACAAAGACCAACAAAACCUCAAAGCAGACCCAAGCCAAAAGUCCCAUAACAGAGGAAGUGUUUGUGAGUGUCAGAUCUCUUUUUCUCUGGUGAAUGGGUAAAGUGUAAACAUGUCAAUUGAGAAAUAAUCCCAAAAAUUCAUCUCAUUUUAUCUCUCUCUCUUUCUUCUGUUCUGUGCUAUUAUACUAAAACUUUUUUUUUUUUUUUAAUCUUUGGGACUUGCUAAUGUCUGAAGCAAUUGCUAGUAAGGAACCUGCCAUUAAACUCUUUGGUCGAACAAUUCAGUUUCCCUAUGGAGAAGUUGAGCAAGACCACAAGGGUCAGUGUGAUGAUUAUAAUGAUGAGAAUGAACAUUUGACUACUGAAGAUUUACAGGAUCAGAAUCUAAUUCAACAGAAAUGUGAUAUUAUAAAGGAGUUACCUGAUUAUAAUGACUGUUCAACUGCUCAAACGUCAAAAAGUGAAGAGGAACAGGGUGAAACAAGCAACUCACAGGAGAAAAUCCUGAAAAAACCACACAAGAUACUUCCAUGUCCUCGAUGUAAUAGCAUGGAAACAAAAUUUUGUUACUUCAACAAUUACAAUGUAAGCCAGCCUAGACACUUCUGCAAGAAUUGUCAGAGAUAUUGGACUGCUGGUGGGACUAUGAGGAAUGUGCCUGUAGGUGCUGGUCGUCGGAAACACAAGAACUCGGUUUUGCAUUACAGCCACAUAUCCGUCUCUGAAGCACUAUCAAAUGCAAGAACAGAUCUUCCUAAUGGAUCCCAGCGACCUCCCCUCAAGCUCAAUGAAACGAUUCUUACAUUUGAUACUGACAAACCCCUAUGUGAGUCCAUGGUUUCAGUUUUGAACAUUGCUGAUAAAACUACACAGAAUUGUUCUGGGAAUGGGUUCCACAAAUAUAAAGAGCUUGAAAUUCAAGCUAGAGAUAAUGGAGAUGAUCAUUCCGAUGAAUCUUCAGUUACUGAUGUAAGUUCAAAGGAUAGUGAUAAUGGAUUGACUGACAUGCUAAGGCAGAACCGCAACAACUUUCCACCACAUUUACCUUUCUUUGCUGGAGCUCCUUGGCCAUAUCCAUGGAUUUCUGUUCCACCUGGUUACUAUCUUCCUAGCAUUCCUAUGCCGUUCUUCCCUGCAAAUGCUUAUUGGGGUGGUACAAUACCAGGUUCUUGGAAUGUCCCUUGGAUGUCUCCACCCACUGCAUCCCAAAACCAAAUAACUCUGACUUCUGGUCCUAAUUCUCCAACUUUGGGGAAACAUUCAAGGCAUGAGAAUGUGCUGAAAUCGACGGGCACUGGGGAAGAGCUACGAAAAGAGAGUAAUCCUGGGAAGCGCCUAUGGUUUCCCAAAACAUUGCGAAUUGAUGAUCCAGGAGAAGCUGCAAAGAGUUCUAUCUGGGCAACAUUGGGAAUAAAACAUGAGGUAGUUGAUUCAGUCGGUGAAGGUCUUCUCAAAGCGUUUCUGCCAAAGAGUGAUGAUAAGAACUGUGUUUCACAAAACUCCUCUUUUUUACAAGUCAAUCCAGCAGCAAUGUCCAGGUCAUUAAAUUUCAAUGAAAGCUCAUAAACAUGUGUCUUGGUAAGCCUUGUAAAUGUUAAAUGGUGGUUGCAAGAUAGGAAUUCUUCAGCUGAUUAUGCUUCUCUACAGUUAUCGGCCGCUGACAUUUCCUUAAUUUCCCCCCUCUUUUUUAGACCAGUUAUUCACAGUGUAGUCGGAGAAAUCUAGAGGCAGACUGUUUCUUUUACAAAAUUAGAGUAAAUCAAUCUAGCUGCUAGUUGCCGCCUUUUUGUGAGAGUGAGGUCGGUGUUUCUUUGUUUCGUAUAAGGUUUUUGGGUAUUAACUUUCUUAGUUGAUGUAUAUAUUUGUAUUUGAGAAAGUGAGAGAUAUACUAGAGUCAUCGUGUGUAAACUCACAAAUGUGGUAAAAUAAGUUGGAGGUGAAAUGAAGAGUUUCUUAACAGUUACCAGUUUCAAAAGAAGUGAAGAGUUUCUUUUUUA